AUGAAGAUGAUUAGAUCUGUAUUGAGACUGGUUGAACGUUACAACAAGUACACUGAAUAAAACCCUGCAAAAUCCAUUAUUUUAAGCACUGGCUUUUUGUUCGGAGCUGGUGACUUACUUACUUAACAAAUUGACCGCUAUUACGAAAGAAAAGAACACGAAGGUGAUUCUAACUACUAAGUAACUCCUAUCAACAAAAUGCGUAUUGCUCACAUGUGCUUAUAUGGACUUACUUUUAUGGGACCAUUUUCUUAUGUAUGGUACACCCAUGCUUUACCUAAAAUUGCUCCUAUUACUAUCGAAGCCUGUAAGUCUCAACUUUUCAAGAAAAUUGCUAUCGAUUAAGUUGUUGGAAGUGGUAUUCAAUACUCAAGCUUCUUAGUUGCCAUGACUUUAUUAGGAGGCAAAUCUAUCUCUGAAAAUUCCAAAAAAAUCAAAGAAGAUUUUGUAUAAUGUUGUAUUAGUGAUGUUUUUGUAUGGCCCUGGGUUCAAUUCCUUAAUUUUAGAUAUGUUCCAAUCCAUAUGCAAGCCCUUUAUGUCAACUUUGUAAGUGUGUUUUGGAAUGCUUAUAUUUCAGCAAUCCACCACACUCCCGUUGUUGUUGAAAAACCUUCUUUACAAAAAGAAAGCAACAACUUGUUCAAGGGUGCCAUGCUUGCAUUCUGA